UGGUAGCUUGCCUGGCAAUUUGUAGGUCCCUAGAAAGUCAAGGAGCCAUGGUAAACGACUUCUAUGGAAGUCAAGGGCCCCAUAGCAGGGGCCCUCGUGAUCAAGGGCCCUCUAAUGGUAUGCCCUGCUCUUCUCUAGGGCCCCCUGGUAGGGGCUCUCAUAACCAGGGCCCUCUAAAAAUAUGCCCCCCUCUUUCCUAGGACCCCUAAUAGCCAGAAGUCGAAGUCAGAGCAGUGCCUCAUCCAUUUUCAUAAGGGGCCCAAAAGCAUGGCUAGGGCCCCCAAAAGCAUGGCUAGGGCCCAAAAGCAUGGCUAGGGCCCCCAAGAGGCCCUGGGGUCAAAGUCCCUAAUAGUCAGAGGAUCCUUAAAAUGGAGGGCCCUCGGAAAUAAAAAAUAUAUUGUAUCAUAAAUGUUGAUAGGCAUUCCAAAAUGUUUUGGGCCCCUGGGCGCUGGCCCCACUGGCCCGGUCAGUAAUCCAGCCAUGGAUGCACUAUGUAUUAACAAAAACAUUUGAAAGGCUUUGCACCCAUUUACCAACACUAUGCAAAAAAGUUUUAUAUUUAUUCAUAUUGUGGUGUUUCUCUGUCUGAGAAAUGAACGAGGUAAUGAAUGGUUGUCCAACUGUAUAUCAACUAAGACCAUUUACCACAAUUUAUUUAACUUUUAUCUUAAUUAAUCUGGCGUCUUUAUAGCCAUGUUGAUGGUUUAAAAUGUUUUGGUUUAUAAAAUUGAAGUGAAAUAACUAGUGUUCAUGUUCCCAGUUCAUUGUGAGUAGACACUAAGCAGCGGUGUUAGGCAAGAUCCUCCGAGUCUCUUUAAAAACUCAAGAACUUACCACAGCGGAAAAUCACGGCCAUACGAGAACUGUCACUCUACAUCGAUUCAGUAAAGAAUAGGACAGUUUAAGUGGAUCGAGCUCUCUGACGACACACCUUUCACAAUAUUUUAGAAGAAACUCUCAGAAGCUAAAGGAGGAUCCAUCUAGGAGCAGUAAAACCCUCAGUGAGAGAGAAGAAACGACCUACAGAAGCUGGACAUGCACGCAGCGCUGCUCGGAAGCCUUUUAUACAGCAGUGCUGUUAUUGUAAUCUAAAAGAGGACUGAAGUUGUGACUGGGUGGCGCCAGACUGGUUUGCGUGGGUAGCAGCAGUAUGCCGGGGUGCGGUGUUGUGUCGGUGCUGCUGUUGCUGUUGGUGAGCUCGGAGGCGCGGGGACAGAGGGGGAACCGCAGACGCUGUGCGGAUUUACCUGAUGAGAUUUUGGAGCAGCGGUUCGGUCGCCUUUCUGUUGGAGUGCUCAGCGCUUUCCAUCACACACUGCAGCUGGCGUCAGAAACCCACAACCUGAGCUGCCCAUCAGGUGGUCGCCCUCAGCCCGACACCAGGUCCCACAUCCCGGUCAACCUACUCAGCCUUUCACCUUGGGCUUACAGAAUAAGCCACGAUGCAGCUCGCUACCCUCGGUUUAUUCCUGAAGCCUACUGCCUGUGUAAGGGCUGCCUGACAGGACCAAGUGGGGAGGAAAGCAAUGAAUACCGAAGUGCUCCUGUGUUUGUCCCUAUGUCUGUGCUGCGGCGCUCAGGCUCAUGUGUUGGGGGCCGCCUUUCCUACACAGAGAGCUAUGAGUCUUUACCAGUGGGCUGUACAUGUGUGUCAGUGUUAAAGAGUGAGAGGAGAACGCCGAGCAAUAACCAGACCUCUAAAGGAGCUGUGGCCAAAUCAAAAAGAGUGAAAAAACCUAAAAACUAGAAUUCAGAUGCACUAUGUAUUAACAAAAACAUUUGCAAGGCUUUGCACCCAUUUACCAACA